UAUAGAGAGGAAACCGGCGGGCUUCCGUUGCGGCCAAGAGGGAAACAGGGCCUCUCUGGCUCCCCGGAGGACUCGACUCACUGGUGUGCAUUCUCAGGCGGCCGACUCCAGGGCUCUCCCCAUCUCGUGCGUCCAGGGCCAGGGUCGCUCCAGAGUUUCUCUUGAGAUCUGGCGCUUCGAGGAGGUGAGGACCAGAAGUCCCCAGAGUCAAAUAAAAGAGAUCAAAAACUUCUUUGGAAAGUCUUCAGAAACAUCUCUAAAUGUUUGUAUUGGUCUAUAAGCAGCUAAAGACAAAUUGACCUCAGUGGGACUAAUUGAAUAAUUGAGGCAGGUUUCUGUGCAUCAUCAGAUUUUAUCCAGAAGUUGAAGAAUCUUCCUUUGAAAUUAAGGACUGUGUGCAUUUAAUACAAAGAUGACCUUUCAAUUUAAUUUCACUAUAGAAGACCAUGUAGAAGAUGAAUUAACACCCCCUGGAGAUGGAGCUUUGACUCUGGAUCCCUCAAAAGUAUCGUCAGCCUCAGAAAGUCAAAAAGGAAAACAGAAGGAGAGGAACUGUUCUAUAGAACAGUCUGACCUGUGUAAGGAGCUCUUGUGGGAGUGCAGGUCAAUGGGAAAUGUAGCUCCCUCUCAAGACCCUGACAGCUCACUUGGUGCAGCCAAUAGUUCAAAGGACUUGGAGCCGCAUGAAAAGCAGCCCUGCCUGGGAGUUGCCAAAGAGCAUACUAUGCCUAAAGAUUUAAAGAAAGUGUUAGAAAAUAAAGUCAUAGAAGUGUUACCAGGUCUUCAGCAUGUUAACCUGUCAGUAGUGAAAACCAUCUGGUCGAAAGAAAACUUCCCUGGAGAAAACAUAAUUUCCAAAAGCUUAUCUUCCCACUCUGAUCUGAUUACAGGUGUUUACGAAGGAGGCUUAAAAAUUUGGGAAUGUACCUUUGACCUCCUGGCUUACUUCACAAAGGCCAAAGUGCAAUUUACUGGGAAAAAAGUGUUGGAUCUUGGCUGUGGAUCAGGGUUGCUGGGUAUAACUGCAUUCAAGGGAGGGGCCAAAGAAAUUCAUUUUCAAGACUAUAACAGUUUGGUAAUUGAUGAAGUGACUUUGCCUAAUGUCGUGGCUAACUCCUCUUUGGAAGACGAGGAAAAUGAUGUAAAUGAACCUGAUGUGAAAAGAUGCAGAAAGACAAAAGUGGCACAGGAGCUAUGUAAAUGUCAUUUCUUCUCUGGAGAGUGGUCUGAGUUUUGUAAGCUUAUAUUAAGCAGUGAAAAACUCUUUGUAAAAUAUGACCUCAUUCUUACCUCAGAAACGAUUUAUAAUCCGGAUUAUUAUACUAGUUUGCACCAAACAUUCCUUAGACUGUUGAGUAAAGAUGGACGGGUGCUUUUGGCCACCAAAACGCAUUAUUUUGGUGUUGGUGGAGGUGUUCAUCUUUUUCAGAAGUUUGUAGAAGAAAAGGACGUGUUUGAGACUAGAACACUCGAAAUAAUUGAUGAAGGACUAAAGAGGUUCCUAAUUGAAAUGACUUUUAAGUACCCUAAUUAAUGCUUACUGAAUGUCCUAAGUGAAAUAAACAGAAUGACCCAAAACUUUGA